AUGGAAACACACAAUGGAACUGUGGUGAGCGAAUUCAUUCUCACAGGCAUCACAGACCUUCCUGAGCUGCAGGCUCCGUUAUUUGGGCUCUUCCUUGUCAUCUACGUGAUCUCAGUGGUGGGCAACUUGGGCAUGGUCAUCCUCACCAAGGUGGACUCCAGGCUGCAGACACCCAUGUACUUCUUCCUCAGACACCUUGCUCUUACUGAUCUAGGUUAUUCAACAACAGUGGGACCCAAAAUGUUGGUAAAUUUUGUUGUGGAUCAAAAUACUAUCUCUUAUUAUUCUUGUGCUGUACAAUUAGCCUUUUUUCUUGUUUUUAUUGUUACUGAAAUUUUUAUUCUGUCGGCAAUGUCCUAUGACCGCUAUGUGGCCAUUUGUAACCCUCUGCUCUACACAGUCAUCAUGUCACAAAGGGUCUGUUGGGUGCUGGUGGCAGUCCCCUAUCUCUAUAGCACAUUUGUGUCUCUUCUAGUCACUGUAAAGUUAUUUAAUUCAUCAUUCUGUGGCUACAAUGUCAUCAGUCAUUUCUAUUGUGACAGUCUCCCCUUGAUAUCUUUGCUCUGCUCAAAUACUCAUGAAACUGAAAUUAUUAUUCUGAUUUUAGCUGGUUUUGAUUUGAUUUCAUCCCUUCUGAUAGUUCUCGUGUCUUACCUGCUCAUUCUUGAGUCUAUUCUCAGGAUGAACUCUGCUGAAGGUAGGUGGAAAGCUUUUUCUACCUGUGGAUCCCACCUGACAGUGGUCACAGUGUUCUACGGGACUUUGAUUUUUAUGUAUGUGCAACCAGAGUCCAGUCAUUCCUUUGACACUGAUAAAGUGGCUUCCAUAUUUUACACCCUCGUUAUCCCCAUGUUAAAUCCCUUGAUCUAUAGCUUGAGGAACAAAGAUGUAAAAUGUGCCCUACAAAGGAUGUGGAAAAAACUAUGCAAUAAUUUUUCUUAG